UUUUGCAGCCAUGAUUUCUGCACUUCAAAACAUGGAGUCCAGCGCUCGACAUGUUAACGUUACUCUGUUUUACAUCGCUUUAAUCAUCCUCACUGGUUAUUCGGCGAGAGGAGAGGACGAUAAUGACUGCCCUGCAGAUGGACGCACAUGGCUGCCUUUCGGACGCAACUGCUAUCACUUCAUCCAUGGAGCAGAGGACGUGGCCAGAAGCUACUCUCUUCAGGAUGCAAAAGACAUGUGCAGAGGAUAUGAGCUUCUGACGGUAAAAAGUGCUGAUGAGAAUGACUUCGUCGUUAACUACAGCCCUUCUGUGUGGAAAGGCAAAAUGAACGUCUGGCUUGGAUUGUACUAUGACAGUGACAAGGAUGUGUUUAGGUGGCACGAGGAUGACAGUGUUUUGAGCUUCAGUAACUGGGAGGAUGGCGGUGACGAUGAAACUGAUCUGCCUCUGAUGGACACAUGUGUCGCUCUUCACUCUAAUACCGGCAAGUGGGAAAACAUCAGCUGCACAGACGAGCCUGAGAACGGAGUAGUGUGUCAGACCAAAGCAGUCAUUAUCAGGUCAAAUCAGAGCAAACCUCUGCUGUCGGCUCUGGUCAUCAUCAGCGUGGUGCUCAUUCUGGCCGUUUCUGCCGUCAUUUGGUUCGUUCAACAAAGACACAACCCUGGAUCCUCCAUCCUCAACCUGAUCGAGUAUCAUCCGCCCUUCAGAUCCCCAUCCGCCGAUCAGACCUGUCUGGUGGAGGCAGAAGAGAUCAACGAGAUGCCAUAAAACUCUCCGCUCACAGGUCAGAAUGAACCACAGGGGCUCAUGGGAGAUUCACAACUCCAAUUCACUAAAGCCAGACUCAAAGCGUCUCUUUCCCGGGUCAGAACAAAGGGCUGGAUGAUCUGUCUGAAUGUGAAAUAAACAUACUACAGUCGCUGGGCUUUUAUUAUGCAGGAAAAUCGAGCAUAUUGAUUGUGCUUCUGUUAUUAGCUAUGUUUUCAUCCAGCUAUUAUUGUGCACGUUUAGGAAUAUUGCAAUAAAAGAAUCACUAAUGCAAACACCAAGGUGCACAUGCGUUAUAAAAUUGCACAUAAAAUCUUAUACAGUUGAAAUCAGACUUAUUAGCGCUCCUCUUAAAUUUUAAUUACUUUAGAUAUUUCUUCCCAAAUUUCUGUUUAACGGAGAGAAGUUUUUUUAAACACGUUUCUAAACAAAAGGCCUGUUACACACCGCACGCACAAGCAGAGCUGAAACAGCGAAUGUGUAACGUGAAGGGAGAGCAGAAGUAGCGCGCUGUCGUUUGCCUUUCACACCGGCUGCGUCUGCAGCGUGCAGCUCAUCGGCGGCUGCUGCACAGAUCAAUCUAUCUCUGUCUAUUCUAUCUAGUUGUUGUCUGGACUAUUGCAGUGCACUUUAUGCUGGAAUUAACCAAACCUUUCUUCAUCAACUGGUGCAAAAUGCUGCUGCUCGCAUGCUAACGAAUAGUCGCAAACAUGAGCACAUCACAUCUGUUUUACUCCCUUCACUGGCUCCCUGUUAAAUUCAGGAUUGAUUUAUUUUAAACUACUGUUAUUUGGUUUUAAUGCAGUUAAUAGUCUUGCACCUUCAUAUUUAUGUGAGAUUUUAAAAGUUCAUAAACCGAGCAGGGCCCCACGAUCAGCAGGUCAGUUGUUGCUGGAGGUGCCCAGAUCCAGGUAUAAACAAUGGGGUGAUCGUUCAUUUUCAGUGGCCGGUCCAAAACCUUUAGAACUUCACUUCAUCACAAAUGUGGCACAGUUUAAAGCUGAACUUAAAACUUGUUUAUUUAGACUUGCUUUUGAUAUUCGGGAGUAUAAAAUGCUGUUUUAUUGACACUUGUGUUCUUACCACCAUGUGUUUUAAUGUUUCAUUUAGUUUUUAAUACUGUAAAUCUCUAAGGACAGCCUCCUAGUUGUAAUAAGGUCCUAUAUAAAUGAAGAUUGAUUGAUUGAUUGAUUG